AGAUUGAUCUCUAACCCUAACUGGACCCAACGGCCCAGUUGGGCCCUUGAUCAGCGCCCUGAUCGGGGGCGCCCAGCCCACUAUGGCUGGAGGGCCCCUGUCACCCUGCGCUAUAUAAAGAGGUGGGGGCCGGCGGCUCCUUUUAACGAGGUUCGACUGAGCCGUACACCCCACCGAAACCCUAACCCUAAUCCGAUCUAAGAGGGGCGCAGCCAGUGACGGGAAGCCACCAGCCACGCCGCCCUGCUCCACCACGUCGACGGCUACACCAACGCCGUCCCCGACCGUCGCUGCCCGUGCGCAGACUCCAUCAACGAACGUGAUGGAGGCAUCUGGAUCAUCUACUCCGGAGCUGUCAGGCGGAUACAAUUUGAUGAGUUGUAUCAAAGAGAUCCCCACUCUCAAAGGUGACAACUACACGGAGUGGAAGAAAAAGAUAGACCUGGCCUUCAUCUUGGCUGAGGUGGACUGGGUAGUCACCUCACCGUGUCCCACUGAACCUGUGGCACCGGUGAGGGAGACAAACGAGGCUGAUGCCGCUUGGGCAACUAAAGAAAGGGAUUUUGAAUACCAAAAGAUGUCCUAUCACCUUGAGCAUAGGAAGUGGUUCACUGCCAACAAGAAAUGUUUGGCUGUGAUAAAGAACACGAUUGAGCCUGCAAUUUUGGGCUCAAUCCCAGAGUAUCACACGGUCACCGAGUACCUCGAUAGAAUAAAGAGUCAGUUCACUGGCUCUUCAAAGACAUAUGCUACCCAGCUAAUAAAGCAGCUGGUGACAGAGAGGUACUCUGGAAAUGGUGGCAUAAGAGAGCACAUACUAAGGAUGAGCAAUUUGGCAUCCAAGCUGAAACCAAUGGAUCUGACUCUCAAGGAAGAGUUCCUUAUCCAUCUGAUUUUUGCUUCUUUGCCAAAAGAGUUUGACACCUUUGUUGUCAACUACAAUAUACAGCCCGAGAAGUGGGACUUAGAGAGGCUCAUGGCUAUGUGUGUGCAAGAGGAGGAGAGAAUAAAAGCUUCCAAUGGUGGCACUAUCAAUUAUAUAAAAGACAACAAGAAAAAGAAUUAUAAUGCUAACUCCUCCUCAAAGUCAAAGGGAAAAGGUCCACAUCAGCCUCAGCAGAAUAAAUUCACAAUUGUCCCGAUUUCUUAA